GGCAGUGCCAGACAUGGCGGACUCGGCGGGACCGCGGUGACGGGAACCAUGAGCCAAGGAGCCGCCGAGAGCGAACCCGAGGCCAAGGUGUUACACACCAAGAGGCUGUACCGGGCCGUAGUGGAGACGGUGCACCGGCUGGAUCUGAUUAUUUCCAACAAGUCUGCCUAUCAGGAAGUUUUCAAGCCGGAGAAUAUCAGCCUCAGGAACAAGUUACGGGAGCUGUGCGUGAAGCUUAUGUUCCUACACCCCGUGGAAUAUGGGCGCAAAGCAGAGGAAGUGUUAUGGAGGAAGGUGUACUAUGAAGUCAUUCAGCUCAUCAAAACCAACAAGAAGCACAUACACAGCCGCAGCGCCUUGGAGUGUGCCUACCGCACUCACUUGAUAGCCGGAGUGGGCUUUUACCAACACCUGCUGCUGUACAUCCAGUCCCACUACCAGCUGGAGCUUCAGUGCUGCAUCGACUGGACUCAUGUCACCGACCCGCUCAUUGGGUUUAAGAAGCCGGUGUCGGCCUCCACUAAGGAGAUGGAUUGGGCGAGGAUGGCGUGCCACAGAUGCCUGGUCUAUCUGGGCGACCUGGCUCGAUACCAGAAUGAACUGGCAGUUGUGGAUACAGAGAAGUUGGCAGAAAGGUUCUACUGCCAGGCUCUCACCGUCGACCCUACAGUAGGGAUGCCGUUUAACCAACUAGGCACGUUGGCUGGCAGCAAGUACUACCAUGUGGAUGCCACAUACUGCUACCUGCGCUGUAUCCAAUCGGAUGUGUCGUUUGAAGGUGCUUAUGGCAACCUGAAGCGGCUGUACGACAAAGCUGCUAAAAUGUACCACCAGCUGAAGAAGAGUGAGAGCCGGAAGCUGUCCCCGAGCAAGAAGAGGUGUAAAGACAUUAAGAGGCUGCUGGUGAGUUUCCUGCACCUUCAGAGCCUGAUGCAGCCCAAGAGCAGUUCCAUAGAGGCCGAGCUGACCUCCCUGUGCCAGUCCGUCCUAGAGGACUUCAACCUCUGCAUGUUUUACAUGCCCACAUCCCUCAACAUGAGCUCGGCCAGUGAGGACGAGGAGGAAUACGAGGGGGGCUAUUCCUUCCUGCCCGACUUGCUUGUCUUCAGGAUGGUGGUGAUCUGUCUGAUGAGCGUCCACAGCCUGAAGCGGGCAGAUUCCAAACAGUACAGUGCUGCUAUUGCCUUCACCCUGGCGCUCUUCUCUCACUUGGUCAACCAUGUUAAUAUACGGCUGCAGGCCGAGCUGGAGGAGAGUCCCUUGCCCGCCUUCAAGAAUGACAGCCCAGAUGACCACGACUCCAAAGAAGUCUCCGAGGUGAUCGUAAAAGACGCCGACCCGGAGCCCGAGAUGGCUCAGAACCAAACGAGGAAGCAGCAGAGGACGAAGUCCAACAGCAAAAAGAGCCACAAGUACUCUCGCCUGUCCCGACUUCGGAGGCGCCGUCACGCCCGCAAGUUGGACGAGAGUGACCUGAGCGAGGGUUUCGACUCGGACUCCAGCCGCGGUUCCGCCAAGGGCAGCGAUAUCUCGGAGAGCGGGUCAGAGAAGAGCGACGAGGAAGCAGCUUUCGACGUGGAAACGGACUCCGACAUGAACAGCCAGGAGUCUCGCUCGGACCUCGAAGACAUGGAGGACGAUCCGUACGAGCGCAAGGGAAUCCGGGAGCCGAAAGACGCCCUAAAGAACCCAACUGAGGAGCAGGAUGCAAAGAUGGCAGCUUCCACCAAGGGUGAAAGCCAAGAAGUCCCCAUUAACGGGCCUUGCCCAGCCAGCGGUGAGGGCAGCAUCGCCAGCAACCUCCAGGCUAUGUCCUCCCAAAUGUUCCAGACCAAACGCUGUUUCCGACUGGCACCCACAUUUACCAACGUCUUAGUGAAACCUGCGGCAGAACCUGCCAACCCCACCGCUGAGGUACCGACGCCACUGGUGAACGGCGACACGGAGAAGCAAAACUCAGUGGAACAGGAAGACGGAUCCGAUUCGGAAGAGAGCAUGUUAAGCAGCAAGUCUUGUCGCAACGAGAAAACUCUGCAGGAGCGUCUGGAGAUCAUCACUAGCGAAGGCUUAUUGGUCACUGUCAAGAUCUUCCUGGAUUGGCUGCGGGCAAACACUGACAUUGUGAUCAUGUGUGCUCAGAGCUCUCAGAGUCUGUGGAACAGAUUGUCGGUGCUUUUAAACCUGUUGCCAUCGGCCCCCAAGAUACAGGAAGCAGGAAUCCCACUUUCCAAUGAAGUAAGGAACCUUCUGAUGGACUCGGAGCUUCCGGACAUCAACAGCCACCUGUUGCUUCCAGAGGACGCGGCACUGCGUUACCUGCCGCCCCUACGCCCGGCGCACAGGAAGAUAAACUUUGAGCAGGAGCGGCCGGCGCUGACCGUACUGGAGGAGUCUGUCGCUCGCAGUUGCUACAUCCGGAGCUUUGGGCACUUCUUGACCCGGUUACAGGGCAACGUCCUGCAUUUCAACCCUGAGCUGGGGAUCUUCACCAGCAUCGCCGAGCCCGGGCACGACAACAUCCUCCAUCAGGCACAAGCUCAAUUCCGCAUGGCUCAGGAAGAGGCUCGGCGGAACCGACUCAUGAGAGACAUGGCGCAGCUGAGACUGCAGCUGGAGGUCUCACAGCUAGAGGGCACCCUGCAGCAGCCCAAGGCUCAGUCGGCCAUGUCACCCUACCUUGUUCCCGACACCCAAGCACUCUGCCAACACCUGGGCGUCAUCCGGCAGCUAGCCACCAGUGGGCGCUUCAUUCUCAUUAUACCCCGCACAGUUAUAGAUGGUCUGGACUUCCUGAAAAAGGAAAACGCAGGUGCCAGGGAUGGAAUCCGAUACUUAGAGGCGGAAUUUAAAAAAGGAAACCGGUACAUUCGCUGCCAGAGAGAAACAGGGAAGAGCUAUGAGAAGAACAAGCUGAAGAGGCAGGACACAGAUGCAUGGCACCUCUAUAAGAUCUUGGACAGCUGCAAACAGCUCACCGUGUCCCAGGGGGGCAAUGACGACGACACAGCAGGGAUGGUCACAAUCAUAACUGGUUUCCAGCUCAGUGACUCGGGCAGCUUCUCCCCUGCAAUGCAGACGGCCCUGCAGACAGCUUCCAGCGCCAACAUCGAGAUUAAGAACGUGCUGGAGUUCUACAGGCAGUGGAAGGAGAUGGGCUGAGCGUGGGAAGCCACAGGUGAUGGAGAAAAGCCUUCUGCUCCCUCUCUCGCCCACCGCGGCCUCCGAAAUCCAAAAUGGCGACUCUUUGGAAUCCAAACAAAACACACAACAUCGGUGACAGCAACCAAUCGAAACCAGCGAGCCAAUAAUAAUAAUAAUAUAAAGACGCACGUUCUCUGUCUCUCUUGCACAAACGCGCUGCUUCCCUACGCCGUACGGCGGGGCCUGUCGGAGGAACGGAGGGGCAUUGCCGCCGGGGCUGGAAGGGGCGGCCAUUCAUCUCUUACUGUGUGACCCUAGUGUUUGUGACCACUGGCCUAGGCCCAGCUUCCAGUUCCCCCUCGGCUGAUUGGACCGGAACAUCAAUCAUCUUUCCUUUUGUGUCAAGUGUGGUGACAGGAAAGAGUUACCCCCCCCCCCCCCACUUACCCUUGUACCCCCGGUACCUGCUUCUCUUCCCCUUUGUGCUACAGAUAUUGCCCCCCCAGCUCCCAUUCCAUGCCCACCCUAUCCCAGCCUCCCCCACCCAGUUCUUUACCCCCCUGUUUUCUUUUGUUAGAUUCUUGUCAGAGGGAGUUCUGUGGGUGCCCGAGUGGGACUGCAGGAGAAUAAAGGAAACAGUGCUAUUUUA